AUGGCUCACGAACUCAAUCACGUUUCAGUGCUAGCAAAGCAGGGCAUUGUCGGCCUGCCCGCAGAACUCCGAGAAGAGAUUUAUGGAUACUAUUUCAGGCUUGAAGAUGGCUACACUUAUAACCCAGCGACCAACAAGUUUGUCGCAUCGCAUCAGGAAAAGAAUGCAAUGGCACUCAGGACAGUAAACAAGCUCAUCGCGCAAGAAACGCGCGAUUUCGUGUUCAAAUACAACGAGAUACAUUUCACCACGGUUGCGCUACCUAUGACGAAGCCCAAUUACUCGCAGAUCCGUCACCUCCUCACCGAGCUAUCCAAUACGCGAGACAGGGCUUUACGAAGGCUGCUCACGAUGUCAGAUUGGUAUGACGACGCUGCUCGUUCCUACGUUCGAACAAACCACGCCCAGUUUCUACCCCUCCUUGAUCAUGCAAAGACAUUGCGUGACACGGAUGUCGACCGGUAUAGAGAACAGUGGAAGGAAGUCCCUUCUAUCACCCGCGAUUUCAUUGCAUCAACACUGGAUACCAUAAGGCCGCGAUUUUGCCCAGGCUCGGCUACAGACCCGCCGCAAAUGCCGCAUAUCUAUCUGAAAAGCCUUUUGAAAACUUCACAAGGCCAAGCAAUCGAGCCGUGGCUGAUUCCCACCGACGACGAACUCGACGAGCUGCAAAGGAAUGCAGACGAGCUGCGACCAUAUGCCCGCUCUGCAUACGGCAUGAACGAGUUCUUCGCAGAAGACAAGAACCGGUUCUCAGCUGCUGCCGUUGCUAUCGGAUAUAUGAAGCGUCUUCGCCCAGAAGCGAGGAAGAAGAUACGAUGGAUUGUACUGGACGAAGACGACGACUCUAUCGCAUGGCCUGAAUGUCACGCUCGAGGGCUCAUACCUUUCUGCCGAGAGAACGGACAAUUGCGCAUCGAUCGCCGAAUCGAUAUAUGGAAAUUAUGUCCAAGACGUCGUGGAAUUCAGUACAUUGCUCGUUGGCUUAUGGAAGCAAUCGCGUUGGCGAAGUUUGGUAUGCCCUUACGUGCAUUCAAAUUGACGUUCAUCGGCGGCACGAACCCAGCGCGCGCUACCCAAGUCCUCAAUGUUGCCCUGAAAGACGCAGCUUGGCAAGCUGCGCUUGAGAGACGCACAUCGACCAAUCCUGGUGGUCUACUCCACCCAGCUAUCAUCCGAACAAGUCCGACGUUCAUCAUGGCUGGAUUCCCUCGGGCCAUACAGGAUGUAGCCAAUGGAACCUCGAUGGUCAGGUGCAAUUUUCCUAUCGGAAGUCUGCCUGACGAGAACGAAGUGCCAGAAGAGCAUUUAUAUUGGGCACUAGAUGAUUGGGAGAGUAAAUGGAACGCUAGUCGUACCGAGAUCAACACCUCCGAUCAGUGGCCGUCAUAUCAGGCGGUCAUUGAUCUGACAUUCGUACCAAACGCGGAGGCAUCGCAAGCAACGAACGAUCCCAUUGUCAUCGACGUGCCGGGCUAUCCAAACGACCAUACACCGAUAGAAAUUCCGCUGGCUUACCCGGAGCAUGGCGAUGUUGAGUACGAUGAAGAUGUGCAAGAGACUGGGUAG